UCCAACAACAGUUUCUCCAUUCCUCCACUCCAUCCCGUUCCCCACCAUCCUCUCGCUCCAAGGUGGCCGGUGCUGUCUUCCACCUCCCGUCCUCCAUCCUCCAGCACCGGCGGGAUCUCCUAGACGCUGUGCCACUUGACCGCUCUACGCUCGAGCUUGAGGCCAGGUGCCCCGCUCCGUGUCCACGGAGAAGGUGCCCCUCUCCCACAGGGAGAUCCACGCGAGCCCAUGGCGAAGAAGGCUGAGACGCACGGGUGGUCGCGGAGGCCGGACUGCUCGUCCACGUACGAGACGGGCGGCCUCCCCCGUCUUCGCCUCCGACGUGCUCGGCGCCGGCGGCAAUACGGCGGAUGGCUCCUUCAUGGGAGCUGCGCUCUACUUCAACGCGGACCAUGCCCGCGCUCGGCGCCGACGAGCUGCUCCGCCGGAGGCAGACAUACUUCGUCCUCCCUGUGGGGAUGCUCGGCCGCCCGCUCGCGAGCGCCGACAUGGCCGCGCUUGCCGUUCGCGCGAGCGACGCGCUGGCGGCCAAGGCGCGGAUGGCGCGUGCCGCUGGGACCGCGCGGAGGGGGCUCACCGAGGCGGCGGCGGAGCGCCUCGAAGCAGCAGAAGCCGAGCUGCCGGGCUGCGGAGGGUGGUCGCUGGGGAGGCGCCGAGCCUCGAUGGAGGGGGGCGGCGCCGAGCCGCGCCGGCAGGGGAGGGCAGCGGGGCGGAGCCUCGCCAGCACGGGAAGCACGGCAGCGUCAAGGCAGGCCGGCAGGGGAGGCGCGGCGAGGCCGAGCCGCGCCGGUAGGGGAGGGGCGGCGCGGUCGGGACGGAAGGAGAGAGAGGAUGGGCCCUCACACAGAUAG